AUGGCAGAGCCAUCGCACUCACGAGUUCCAGGCUCUACUCUUGCGUUCAAGUCUCCAUCUCGCCAGUCGCUUGAGCCAAUGCUGGAGAUGUCUUCGCCGCAACGAAGACGUGACUACUUCGUGACUGACGACUCCGAUGAUCACGUUCCUUGUGUAAAGCCCCAACUUCAGCGCAAACUCCCCUUCCAGUAUCAGGGCGACGUAUUUGCGCAGCGUGGUGAAUACACCGACGCCGGACUCUACAUGUCACGACUACCAGCAUCUCGGAAGGAGAAACAACCUCUUUCUGCGCGUGCUGGGGCCAACUACAAGCUCCACCCAGUGAAAUUAUCUCCUGUGACCACUGUCAAGGCUGCUUCUCAACGCCAAACGGCUCAAAACAACCCUCCAAGCAACAGGAAGCGGCAGUACGCAAUCGCCGUGGAGGCGAUGGCGGCAAAUCGCGCUCUUCACGGGACGCUACUCAACGACAAUGUGGUGCCCAGCGUCAUGGCGCUAUGCCGCUCCAAGGACGCGGCCACAUUAGGAGCUUGUGUAGCCACGCUUGGCCACUUGUCAUGUGAACCGGAAGGACGAUCCAUCCUGCUUUCCCACAACGCCUUGCCGCUAUUAUCUGCUCUUGCACUCUCGUCAGCACAUACACAUGAAAAGCUACUUCUUCCGAACUGUGUGGGCACUUUGGCCAACCUCACUAUAGAGGACGGAAGUGAAAGUGGGUUUAUCAAGGAGAAGGCACUUGACUGUCUGAUAAAGCAGAGACGAACGUCAGCUCUGGCCGAACGAGCUUGCACCUUUGCGAUGUUCAAUUUAUCGUGUCCCCAAUACGCGUAUCCUCGCGUGGAUGAUGCCGUCCAUGCCCUCGCAGAGCACGGAAAAGACGCACGAGACCGCGAGACGUUAAGUCGAGCCGUCUACAACUUGGCGUGUACACGAAUGAACCACAUCAAAUUGGUAGAACCUGAGGUCGUGGCGAUCCUUCGACUGCUUAUCAGCUGCCAGCAGAGCGAAGCUGCGCGUCUCAAUGGCCUCGCUGCAUUGUGGCACCUUGUGGAGAGUGGCGCUUGUCGUCGCGCACUUGUUAGAACUGGAGAUUGUGUCCGCGUUGUGGUGGAAGAGCUUCCUCGUCUCGGUCUUGCUGCGAGUGACGAGUACGUCGUCUGUACGCUAACAACACUCGUCUCUUUGACACGCGAGACAAACGCUCGAGAGCUUAUGGGCAAUGCUGGAGCUCUGGACGCUUUAGCUUCUCUAGGCACAGGCGUAAAGCGACGUCCAACGGUGCUCCUACUCAUUUACCGCUUGAUUGCUAUAUUACUAUCAGCACCUGGCAACAUCCGAGCUGUGAGCGAGAGAGUUGUGCAAUUCCUACUCGCUUUCCAGCACGAACAUGAAGAUGGUACAACAGCCACUUCGGCCACUGCCAAGUCUCGUUACGUGCUCUUCGCUCUGGCGAGUAUCUUAUCGUGGAACCAACCGGAGGAUCCCACUGUUUCUUCGGGACAACACAACAUUGACUUAUCGAUACAAUCAAUUCCAUUGGAACUGGACGAGUUACUGGACGCGCCGCAGCUUCUAGAACAAAUCUACCGACACGUUGGGUACUCCGAAUUCCCACACGACAGCGCUCGGAUGCGGCUACAAAUGGUCAUUUUGUACAAUUUGUCCUUCCGAUACCCAAAGGCAGAUGUUGCCAGACUAGCGCACGAACGAUUGAGCCAAGUUGGGGCCAAUUCAAAGAAUCGUCACAUUCUCAACUUGCUAGGAGGUAGUUUCUUUAGUCUGUGUAUGGAGUACGAAGUGCAUCGCUUACUCUUGGCUGCAGCCUACGCCGCAACAGACGAAAAAGGAAAUUUCUUGUUGCAGCGUCUAGCGCGGGAUGGGGAUGUCGAGGCGCAAAGUAUGUGUCUCAACACUGUUUGCAUCUUGUUCGACGGUCGCUCGCUGUCUCGAGACGAGUUACUAAGGCUCAUCGACCACAUCUUUCCCGUUGUGGUCGAGGUUUCUUGUGCCGCUUGUCUCACUCGUUUCGCGAGUGUGGCAGAAUAUCGACUUGCGAUGGUAGAACGUGGUUUAUUAGAUGCGUUGGCAGUCUUGGCUGGCUCGGACGAUGACGAGACAUUGCGGUUAUGUGUGCACACGUACGCCCUACUAUCACAGGAUAGAGCAGUAGGAGCUGCAUUGUUACGUGGCGGUGUUAUCAAGGCAUUGACGCUACUGGCUGCUGCUCCCGAAGAGGUGGUGCGUCGAGCCUGUGCAGUUACGCUUUGCAACUUAUCAUCGGAGGCUGCUCACGUGGAAGACUUGGUGAGGCUUGGCGCUCUUCGCGCUCUACUCGUGCUAGCCUGCGUCAAGUCCAACGACCCAGAGACACGUCGUGUAUGUCUGAAAGCUGUGCUUAAUCUACUGAGACUGUCGAAGCCAACAGUGAUGCAACGCUUGUGUGAUGACGGUCUGCUCUGGGCCUUUGGGAUGUUCACAGAUGCCAUGGAGCCCAGAGACUAUGCCAUUCUCUCGGAUGCUUUCUGUCUGCUAGCUCAACAUUCGUCAGCACGUGCUGGACUCAUUGCCAAGCCUAGUACCGUCGCCUCACUCGUGCAAAUACUUGAAUACGACGUGGUUUGCUCAACAAAAGUGACAGUGUUGAAGGGAUUACUCAAUCUACUAGCAGACCCAAACAGUGCAGCUUUACUCCUGCUAAUCGGCGUGCUACCUCGCCUCGUGGCGUUCGUGGAGACGGAGAAACAGCCCGAAGUUUGUGAAAUUGUGGUCGAAUUACUAGUCCUAAUCUUCCAGAACUCCAUGCCCGAUAACGAUGCUGCAGCUGGAGCGUAUGCAGAGCCUGCGCCCAUGCGUACUAUCACGUACCUCGUACAUGUAGCAGAGCAGGAAGAACUACAUCGUAGUGACGAGAGCACUACAAAAGGUGCUAGUUGCGCUCAGAGUUGUGCCGUUCUAUUGCACCUACUAUCGCUACACGAAUUCACACGACCGGCGUUGCUUGUUGCACACCCUCCACUAGGCACUGCACUUCCUGUGCUUCUAUUGCAAGCGAAGGGAGCAACACAAACACUUUUACUGAGGUGCCUGUACAACCUCACAUGUGAUGCUGAGCUACUGUCACGUAUCCCACUAAACGUAUUUGCACUGUGUGCGGGUAUUUUACGCAACACUUCAACGUCCACACAUUGCCACGAAGUGCUGAGCUCAGAAACUGCAACAAUGUUGCUAUGUGAACUAUUUACUGUGGGAGGAAAAGUGUGUCGUGAAAAUGUCGCGUUGGCAACUUGCAACUUAUUGUUCGGAAGGGUCAACUCUCACGUAUUACUCUCUAAAGGGGUAUUGCCACUUGUUUUAUCGCUGUGUUCGCCUGUGUUAAUAAAUUCGUCAGAAGCCCAAGCCAUGUGCUCCGCUGUGUUGCGGAAGCUGGCAAUUGCACCAGGAAACAGUCAACUGCUCCUACGCGGUGGCGCGGUUCGCCAUCUUGUGACGCUCAUGGGAAACAGCUCUUCCAUGUUCGUCAAGAUGAACUGCGUUGCCACUUUCUGUCUCCUAGCGCAAAAGCCAAGUGUUCCUCCGAUUUUGGCGUCGCAAGGUGUGUUGGCUUCUGUACUGGAAUUUCUAGACCACUUUGAGCGAACGGAAGGUGCGCUGGACCCGUGUGUGGAAAGCAUGUGUGUCGAUCUGCUCUCCAAGCUCGCGCAGUUCUCAAACGCUAGCAAUCCCCGAGAACGACACCUGUCGUCGUUAUUGUACCGAGUUGUCGAGAAAGAAGACGCCAACACUGCGCCUUCAAUACCUCAAACCACUCGACCCACCGGAGUUGAAGUCUGGCAAAACGACCGCAGCUUUCUCCAACGAGAGCAAACGGGGCCGCUCCCCCCGACGGCAAUAUUCUCCAGACUCAUCUUGUCUUUCAAUGAUGCACCAGUUGUGCCUCAUACCCCACAAACCAUUUCGUACCCUGGUUACGCUAUUGAAGUGAGUCCGAGUGCGAGUUACAUCGAAAUGGGAACAAUUGAGCCAAUGUUACCGCCAAUCGAGACACUGGAAGACAAUGCAACACAGGAGAGUGAUGUUCGUUUGCAGACUGGAGACUUCACCCCGCCGCCCAUGUUUCCAAAGUUGACGACCCCUUUCAAGCCCCUACCAUUCAUGCCACAAGUUGGGAUGUUAAUCACCAAACCAUCGUCUUCUAAGGUACCACCACUUCCGCCACGACCAAUAGCAAUUUCUAAGUAA